AUGGAAUGUUCAAACGUAAACUGUCAAAUUACUGGCAAUGAUCGUAUGGUAUCCUGCUGGCUAUGCGUUGGGUGCUAUCACUUGAAGUGCAGUGGCCUAAAAGCACGUGAUGCUGAUUCUCUAGCUGACCCUCAAAAAUCCCUGCACUGGACUUGUCCAAAUUGCAAAAAUAUUAGUGUUGAAUUUUAUAAUCUUUUUAAAAGUUCUAAAGAUGAAUUUGACAAGAUCAAUAAGGAAUUUCUGUUGCUGCAAACUAAACUCAUUAAAUAUGGCGAAUUAUUUACCAAAUACUCAAAUCUGGAAAAAUUUACAUCUUCAGCUAAUAUUUUAUCUCCUAAACGCAAGAAGACGAACUCUGGAUCUGUACCACCGUAUAUCACCUGCUCAAAAGCUGCCGGUUCUACAUCCUCGUCUGAUGUUGAUACAAAUUUUCCUCCAGGAAAUACAAACCUGAACAUUAAUCCCAGUUUCCCCGUUGAAGAAAAUGUCAUUACAUCAGAAAUUUACCCCCGUUCUCCUUUGGAAUCUACAACUAUGAAUAUGAUGGAUAUUAAUACAGGAACAACGUUUAUCCCUGUUACUUCUGCAAUUCAGCCAGUUGUUAUUCACCCUGCUCAGAACUCUACUAACAUCCAUCCUCUUAGAGUUAUACCACCUAAAAAAACUAUUUGUAUCUCCCGUUUUGCUUUUGAUACUUCAAUUGACGAUAUUGAAUAUUAUAUCAAAACCAAAUUGAAUCUUGAUGUUGAAAUGGUGAUCUAUAAGUUUAAAUAUUCUCAGCCGAGAACUAUUGCAUCAUUUAAAAUUAUGGUACCUCCCGAAAUCUUUGACCAUUUAAUAGAUCCUAGAUUUUGGCCUGAUAAUGCAUUGAUUCGUGAAUAUGUUUACAGAGACAACCAAAGAUCAGCUAAUACUGUUCAUUUGCCCUCCCGCUCAACUAAUUUUUCAAAAAACUGA